AUGAAUCCGAACCCAAUGGGUAAUCCGGGCCCCCUUUCUGAGCUGGAAAAAGCUCCGGAGCGAAAAGGAUCCGUCCAACGCGCAAGGCAGAUGUUGGAAGCGGGCAAACGUCCAAGAGUACAGGAACCUGAAUCAAGCAAGGACCGACGCGAUGUAUGCUCUAUUAGUUCGAAGGCCUUGCAUAUGACACAAUGGCCCCUGCCGGAUAAUAGUACAAUGCCUGGAAACUUUCUUGAUCCUCAAGCCAGUCUUAUUCCGAGAAGACCCCCGCCACGUCGUCCGCCUCGUCCAGAUGCGCCGUCACCGUCCAUUUAUUCAGAGAGAAGCGCCCCAGGAUUUGCACCUAGUCCACUACAUUCCAGAGAGCCCCGUCAAUCGUUCUCACAGCCUUCGCCGUAUCAGAACCCUAGCCGGAUUCCACCUCGGGACUCCCCGUCGCCAUCAGGGCGGAGUAACCCUCACGUAUCUAUUUUCAACGAAGACCUUUCAGAUACUGACUCCGUCUUGUCGAUUCUCAAUUAUCCCCUUCCUCCGCAACAAGGGAGGACUGCCGGUCUAGUGCCGCCUCCGUCAAAUUCGGUUCGACAUACUUUUGGUCGCAGAUCAUCCGUAUCGCCAAUACCCGAGGAGCUAACGGAAAGCCCAACCAACGUGGACGAUUCGUAUGCCUCGAGUAGGGCCAUACCUUCUGACUAUGGUUCUCCGACUCACGAGUCCGAGAUCCUUGGAACAUAUCUAGAUGAUGAGUCUGAUGAUUGCCAGGAAGCGAAAAAGCCUGUCGAAGAGAAUGGCGAAGGCCUAGUGAGGAGCGCGAGCGUUGGAACAAGGGGUAAACCGUCACUGCGUGUGGUUCGAAAGCCCAGUUCGGAAUCUCCUGCACCUUCAGAGGGCCAGUCUAGAGCACUUGAAGCAAGUACUAUCGGGCGAGCCCUAUCUGGAACACCUGCAGAUGAGGAUUUGAGAGCUCCAGUCCCCAGUCCAAAGGAGUCAUACUCUAGCCUCUCGGAUCGUUCUUACGAAUUCGAUCUCGAAAAAGGAGCAUUCGUCUUGGAUAUUGGCCAACCACGCCCUGAGUUCCAGCAUGACCCGGGAAAUCAACCGGGGUUACCUAGAGCUGCGCCUACGAUGAGCGACAAAAGACCAGGCGCACGCAGGCCUCCGCGUCUGGACAUGGACGCAGUCCGUGAUGCCCAAGCUCGGGGCAGCUUAACAAGCUUGCCUGAUCUGAUCCGGCGGGCAACUAAACUCGCUUCACAUUUAGAUCAUGGGAGAACGGCAAGUGGGAAUGACAACCUGAGUAGCAGCAACGAUUCUCGGAGUCUACCGUGGAAUCGUCAUCGCAACUCCGGAUCUCUGCAGGAUACUCUAGAAAAUUUCCCUCCCCCUCCACGACGUAACACAGAAGGAUAUUCGUCUUGGCCCAUGUUCUUGAGGCGGUCAACAUUGCACAACAUAGAAACUCUAAACUCGCACUCUGAUCACGGCGAAGCCGAGGAGAAACCGGCAAAACGUUCACGCCGCUGCUGCGGAAUGCCCCUCUGGCUAUUCAUCCUGAUUUGCGUCGCAGUCAUCAUUAUCAUAACCCUCGCUGUCCUCCUCCCGAUCUUCCUCGUUGCAGUUCCCAAGGACAGAGCGAAUAACGAAUCAACAUGUGAAGCAUCCCACCCCUGUAAAAACGGGGGUUUUAGCGUCUCCAGCGGAUCUGUUUGUUCUUGCGUUUGUACGAAUGGGUAUACAGGAUCUCAGUGUACUAUCGCGGGUGACAGUAGCUGUACCACGACUGAUAUCGACGGGGGUUCGACAUCAAAAACCGCGACGAUGGGUAGUGGUUUGCCGCAGUUGUUCCAGGACUCUCAGGAGACAUUCAAUAUUCGCCUUGAUCCGGUUACCAUUAUGGCUCUUUUUAGCAAGAGCAAUGUCUCGUGUACGACGCAGAACGAGCUCGUAUCAAUCAAUGAUGUUUCAAGCAAGACACGUCGGUUCUUCCCUGUACAGCUGGAUGACCUGGCAUCGCAAACCCUCGCUGCUCGUGAUGCCGUCGCUACAAUAAACGGCAUCAUCUUUGACGACUCUUCUCCAACAGCUGAGCCCUUACCCACAGCUACUGAUAUCACGACCGCAUCCCCGCCGCCUCAGGAAACGUCAACAACAUCAUCCUCUGAAACAUCAACUACCUCAGCACCAACAACCACGGCCCAAACAACCACCCCAACUACGUCUCCUACAUCUACAUCUACAUCAAACCCCACAUCUACAGCCACAAGCGUGCCACAAAAAGCCCUCACGUUUUCCCAAGUCGCCAUCCUCUACAUCUUCGAAAUGACAGGCACGCUCAACGCAGCAAUUCAAUCAGAAGAGGAUAUCCGACACUAUCUGAAGAGUACGUACUCGACAUCAAAUGGUGGGAACUAUGAUGUGGAUUUGAGUAGGUCGGGGGUGCAGGCGAACUUUGCGCUUGAUUUUGGUGAGUGGACGAUUACGAUGGGAAAUGGGACGAAGGCUGGCGGUUGA